AUGGCGUCUAUGACAGUGUUAGGGAUUUUUGUAUGGAUACACUUGUUUUCCUUCGUUAGACUACAGAUACAGCAGGAACCUUCCAUUGAUUAUAUAGCUCCAAAAGACUGCGCAGUGGGUCAGAGCGAUCUCUUCCAUGAAUUCUUUGACUUUUCCUCCAUGUCGUGUGUGAAGUGUGCUGAUAAUAGCACGGUGCAAACAUCGAGCGAUGAUCGAUUUAACUGUAUAUGCAGGCCAGGUUACAGAUAUAUUAUGAACUUUGGUGGACGAAAGGUGAAGUGCGAGAAAUGUGCAACCUCAGAGAUUGUUUCUGAUGAUGGAUGGGAGUGUUUGAAAUCAACUGCCAAAUCAUGUGGUAACAGAGAGGUGUUUGUUGAACGAGAAAUUGAUGGUGCGUGGAACAUAACAGAGACUAAAGUGUGCAAAGCCUGUUUUGUGAACACCUCGUUAAAUGCAGCCCAAGACAGAUGCAUUCGCUGCAGUGACUUUUUAUACAUAAGACCCGAACUCACCGCCUGUACCUGUGAUUCUGAGACUAAUGCUGCUGGAGGACUAUGUUUUAAGAAGGACGAUGCUGUUGUUACCAGUGGAAGCCAGAUGUUUGAGAUUCCCCUUGUGGGACAGGGUACUUCAACUUCGUCAUUUUAUUUUUUGGAGAACAUACAAGCAGCAGAAGUUCUGUGUCGGAGGUACCGGAAGUUUACGUCAUGUCAGCAGUUGGCCAACAUGUGUGUUCUACUGCUGUACGACGUCGGCUCCUCGCAGACUGGCAGUAAGCAAGCCUGCACAUUCUUCUCAAAAAUACAAGAUCCUCUGAAUGAGAUCUACAAACCCAUGUUGUUCUACACCGGGAAGGCUGACGAUGCUGUGAUCAAUAACGACAUACCCACGUCGUACACAUUCACCCCGGCGUCAGUGUUGAAGUAUACGCUAGCCGCGUACAACAUUGACGGGAACUUCCUGGGAAUGAAGAGUGUCACGGGGGGACUGUUGCAGCUGUGCAAUGACUCGGAGAAGAAACUCAAUGCAGCAUUCCGGUUUGGAACAGUGUAUUCACAGUCGUGCAGCAUCACGGCCAAAACGCUGUGGGAUCAGUCAGUUUACCCCCUGGUGUUCUAUGAUCCUUAUUUGGAGUACACAGAGAGUGGGAAGAAAAAGCUGUACAAGAUCCCAGUUCUCGUGACCAACUAUCGAGAUACCAGCAGCCGUAAGCCAAAUGAAGGUGAUAUGGACAAAUGGAAGCUGGUGAGACGUUUUUUCAUGGUCGAUAAUGUAGCAACAAUACCAAAAGCGGCAGAUCCUGCACUGCAGUCUGUUAAAAAUGCUUCCUAUGUGCGGUAUGUGAAGUCGAUGACGUUGGUCGUGGUACUCCAGGGUGGGACCACUGAGGGAAAGAUAAACCCUCCCUAUAUGAGAAUCACCUAUGGAGAAGUAGAAAGCACGGCCGCAGCGAAGGGUGCGGAGGUUCAGGUAUCGUUUCGAGUGACGUAUGACAUGGAUCAGUCUAAGUACAACCGUAACUUCCAGAUUGCGACAGGGACGCUGUGUACGCUGGGGGUCCUCUACGCUGGUUACCGUGCCUGGGUCUGGUCGAAGCGUGACGGGCGAAUCGCCAUCGAUUUCCCGACCAUCAUCAACUUCAUAUGCUACCUCGCGGCCUCUCUGUCGAAUGUCAUGUUCGUCGUAACGUUUGGAAUCGCUUUCUAUUGGCUCAUCUUUUAUAAGCGUCAAGAUGCGGUGUUUCUCGUUCAUCCAACAGGAAUGGCUGUCCAGGAGUGGAGGGGUCUCUUUGGUUCAGCGUUUGCCCUCAAGUGUCUUAGUAUUCUGCACCUCAUAUUCUCACAGUGUUUCAUCGAUAUCUUCUUCAUUGACUGGGAGCGGCCUAAAAGCGGCGAGAAGAACCGGAAGAGCGACGGGAGCUUGGUGUCGAUAUGGCGGACAUAUUUUGUGGCCAAUGAGUGGAACGAGCUGCAGACCAGUCGGAAGAUCAACAAUAUUUUCCAGAUUUUCUCCGUCGUCUUCUUCCUGAGCGUGGUGGGCUUUGAGAACGUCACGACAAUGGACCCCAAUGGUCAGGUGAUCAAGGACAGCUCCGACUACCGGGCUCAAGAAAGUGAAAUCUACAGAUACGCCGUCGCCGCACUCACCUACAUUCUUGUUGCAUUAGUCCAGUGGCUGUUCUACACGUUCUUCUACGAACAGUUCAUCGAGGACCGCGUGGGUCAGUUUGUCGACCUGUGUUCCAUGUGCAACAUCAGCAUCUUCAUCCUGGCCAACGCCGAAUACGGCUACUACAUCCACGGCCGCUCCGUUCACGGCCGCUCCGACACAGACAUGAAGGAAAUGAGCGAGAUGCUCAAGAAGGAAGAGAAUAACCUUGUGGGCCGGCGAGGUUUGGAACCCGACACUGACGAACAGACGUUUCAAAUGCGGAUUCCUAAAACUCUCCGAGAAAAGUACAGGAACGCAUUUCAGUCCAUGGCGCUGGCCAAUAUGAACCGACAGCAGAGUGAUGCCACCCGUUACGAGUCGUACAGCGCCAUUAACAGACUUCUUGCAGCCUUCAUUGACCAUUCAUUACGGAAUAUAGAUUACACCGUAAGACCAAAGACUUGGUUAGAAGGCAUCAUGGAUACAGAGUUCAUUGACAUCACAGCUGAAAAAGGAAUUCUUUAUAAUGAUAAUGGUCACUCGUUUGAUAAGGUACUGUUUUUUGGACAUGAGUUUACGCUGAUUACCUUUGAAAUUCUACUGUUUUGCACUGUCGAUAUGUUAUGGAACAGCUACAUAUUGGCUGGAGUCUUGACGUAUGUCAUUUCAGAAUUUGUUAGUAUGGUCCGUGAAAGUGGAGGAAAGAGAAAUAUUGUGCGGAAGACACUGGUGGAUAAGAGAUUUUUGAUUUAAUCACACAUUCAGUGCUUGCCAUUCCUUUUGAAAACGGGUCAAAUAUUGUUUCACAAUCGAUUCAGAAAUAUCGCGGUCUGAGAGCCGUAAUCUAGUUUCUUUUGAAUACAGGUCAAUAUUGUUUCAGUGUCAAUUCAGAAAUAUCACGGUCUGAGAGCCUUAAUCUAGUUUCUAUUGAAUACAGAUCAAUAUUGUUUCAGUGUCAAUUCAGAAAUAUCACGGUCUGAGAGAGCCUUAAUCUAGUUAAAAGCUGUAGCUUCUAAUACAAAACCAACACCACUACAGCUUCCACCUCUGUACAAAGUUCGGCUAAAUACACAAUGUAUUUAACUAUUGACCUGUCUUGAUUCAUAAGAAGCUGAUAUCAUGAAAGCGUAAUUUGCAUGUGACCUACAUGUUGAUUAGCCUAUACAUUACAAUAAACAUGUUAAAAAGGUGUUGCACUGUGAGAGAAAAAAAGUGGACAAUAUAUUAAGAAUGCUUAAAUAAUCGUUAUUAAAACUGAGAUCAUUGUGCAUGUAACUGACUUUCAUAGACAGUUCUCAUUGUCUGUUGUUUUUUGUGCAUGAUUGUCAGUAGAGUGAUCUGCCCGUGUGAUAUUGGUACAUGUUGGUUCAUAGCCAUUCCACUUGUAAUAACUGUAAUAUCUCUUACAUUGCCUUGACAUAUACAUGUAGGUUAUAUACAUUAUCAUGGCACUUAAGGGCAAGAUUGCUGGCCUGUCCAUCAGGGCUAUAUUUCCAGGAAAGAAAUUUAAAAAAAACUGUAAAAAAAUUAAGAAUCAAAAUAAAUAAAAUAAAGCGAACUAAUUGCAGAAAGACAUCACUGUGACCUUACUAUGUGGAGUAUGAGUUGAGCCUGUCUUGGUCAGGACUCAUGUUGGUGUUUAAAUCUGCAUUUGUGGUACAAUGGAUGAUCGGUUUUAAAUACUUGUACUUCAGUAUGUUUAUUUUUUAAAUAUCCAUGAGAUUGGAUUUAAAUAUCUGACGUGCUGUCAGUAGUAUUUUUAAUUAGCAUUUUAACUAUUUAUUACUAUGAAAUCACUUUUAUUUGUGGUGGUUAAUUUGUGGAUUAGUGCCAUCAACAAAGUUAACAACGAAAAUAUAAUACAUGUAAACAUAUACAAAUUUAUGAUACUACCUUUUUGAUCCAUAAACUUAAGUACCCAAUGAAGUCUGUAUUUAACAAAAUCAAGAAAAUUUAAACCCACGGAAAUAAAGGAUAAAUUCACUGUAUUUGUAUAAUUUGUAUACUUUAAACUGAGUGCUAGAGUGAAUUUGUUUUCUGUAACCAUUGAUUUAUAAUAUUGCCACAAAUGAAAUUGUUUUAAACCAUAUUAUGACAUAAUUUCUUUUACAUUUGACCAAAUACACACACAAAAAAAAUAUAUAAUGUUUAAAUUUGUUUUUUGUAACGUGAUUGAUUUAUAAUAUGGGCCACACAUGAAAUUGUUUCAAACCAUAUUAUGACAUAAUUUCUUUUACAUUAAACCACAUACACACAAACACACAUGCAUGCACACACACACACACACAUAC